UUCGAUAUCAUAUUUUUCCCUCUCCUUUUCUUUUUCCACUCUUCCUUAUAAAUUCCUAAUCUCCACUUCAUCCCCUUUGCAAAAUCAUAUCUACACUCAUAUUCUCUCUCUAUCACCCUUCGUUUCAAGAUCUUGUUAAUAUGGCGGAGGUUAUGCGUUCUGAGACGUUAAACAUAUCCAACAACACUUCUUCAUUAGCAUCUCCAGAGCUUCUUCAUGUUCUCGCUGUUGACGAUAGCAUCGUCGAUCGUAAGUUCAUUGAAAGGCUACUCAGAGUCUCUUCAUGUAAAGUUACUGUUGUUGAUAGCGCGACAAGAGCUUUGCAAUACCUUGGAUUAGAUGGAGACAAUAACUCGGUUGGAUUUGAGGAUCUGAAGAUUAAUCUGAUAAUGACUGAUUAUUCUAUGCCUGGGAUGACCGGAUAUGAACUACUCAAGAAGAUCAAAGAAUCAUCAGCUUUCAAAGAAAUUCCAGUUGUGAUUAUGUCAUCAGAGAACAUCUUGCCUCGUAUUGAUAGAUGUCUUGAAGAAGGUGCUGAAGAUUUCUUAUUGAAGCCUGUGAAAUUGUCAGAUGUGAAAAGAUUAAGAGAUUCUUUACUGAAAGCUGAGGAAAGAGUUUUCAAGAACAUUAUGCACAAAAGAGAGCUAGAAGCUAAUGAUAUCUACUCACAGCUAAAACGCACAAAGAUAUGAGUUUUCUUUUCAUAUCAAACGCUCCUGUAUAAAAGGCUCAAAAGAUUCACACACACUUACGCAUGUUCUGAUUCUUUCAGCUUACGUUUUAGGGACUUUAACAGCCUUUUUGCUGAUAGAACCAGUGAGGACUGGAGAACGUUAUUUUUCAUCAAAUAGAAAUGUAAAUUUUUGACAAAUGAGAUUCACUAGAGAUGACCUUUUUUUUUUGCAUGAGAGAUAUGUACAAUUUUGUUUUUUUUUGUUGUUGUUAAUCGGAAAAGUGUCUAUUCCUACCCAAAUAAUUUCAAUCGUGCCAAAU